AAUAAAUAAAAUGAGUUCUCAAGAAAUUCUGGCUAAUUCAAUAACGAAUACUGUUGAUAAGGAAAAGUCCGCACAAGAGGAACAAGAUGAUGAGGUUAUCAUCGAUGACCAGAAUCCUCUUUUGGAGGAUGAUUUACAGAUAUAGAUGAACCUGAACAAAAGGUUAAUACUGAUGAACCUGACCAGAGAAAUCAGGAAGAUGAGGCUUCAGAGAAUGAGCAAAAUCUGUCUGAUUUUAUUAAUAAUACUGAAUUUUCUUACCAGUCAAGCUCAACCGCACAAAAUUUGAAAAUUUUAUUAAUUCAGUCAACAAUUGGACUAGCCUUAAAGCUGAAGCCCAAGCUUGGGAAAAUGCUUAUCACCAAUAGUGAUGGUGGAUGAUGAGAUGACAUUCGAAAAAGUCUGGACCUUAACAAGCAACUUCUGGGAGAAGAUGUAGCAGACCUGAUCUCAGUCAAGCAAAUAACAUGGGACGAAAGUCUACAGGUCUCUGGAACGAGAUACGAUUAUAUCUGUAUUACUGGCAGUCAUUUCUCACAAGAGUUUGUGCAAAUACUUGAGAAAAUAGUCCCAACCGUUCUCUCAGUAGUCGAUGAUCAGGAAAGAGUUUUCUUAUUAGGUCCUACAAGCGAGGAGGACAUCAGCCAGUUUGAGGAUAAUGUCGGAGAUACAAUUUUUGAGUCUAAAAAGGAAGAAAUCGAUGUUCCUACUAAGAAUUCAAACUCUCUUGGACAAUUUGGUGAUCCAGAUAAUCACUAUUCCAGUGAGAACAAAGAUCUUAUUGAUGAAGGCAUAUUCGAUGAUGACCAGGCACUUCAGAGAGAAGGCCAUUUAGGCCUCCCCUCUCUUGAAGAUGAUAACGAAGAUGACUAUUUCGAACCAAUAGGUUAGGAAUACUCUUAAUUAUU